CUAUAUCUUUCGAAAAUGGAUGGAGAGGCAGAAAAUGAGGUGAAGAUAAAUGGGCGGGUGUCAGCAGAUUCCACCAACGAAGAGGACACUUCGCCAGCUGUUUAUGGAAAUGAAAAGGAAGGUGUCCCAGAUGAAAUGGUUGCAUCAGAUCAUGAUGAAGAAGACUCUGAAAGUAUGAAAGCCACUGAAGAAGCAGCCACCUCUGAGCCAGAAGACAACAGUGGAAAUGAGUUCCACGGUGUCGACCACAUGACCUCAAGUGAAGGCUUGGAUGUGAAGAUGAAGGAAGUGAAUGAACAACUAAUGUCCCACGAGGAGAGUGUUGUUUUUGAAAUCAACAGCACUGAUGGUGAUGGACCUCCCAGAUUACAUUUUGAGACCCCAGAGAGACAGAGCACCACUCCUACACAGGAGGAAGAUGAAACUGAGGAAAAGGGAUCCGCUGCUGCUCCUGCACACAAAGAAGACAUCAGCAAUGAAGAAUACAUGCAGCUCCAUCAGAAGCUGUGCGAGGACAGAAAUAUUGUCAGCCAACACCACAGCCAGCUGCAGACGAAACUGGCAGAGUUCUUCCGCAGGAAGGCCUGGGAUGAUGCCCAGCUGGAGAGGGAGAUGUCAGAGCAGCUGCUGGAGUAUGAGAGGUGCAUCAACAUACUGACUGACCUGAAGCAGCAGAUCACUGCUAAUAUGGAGACAGCUCAGCAGCAGACAGAAGAGCUGAGGCUCAAGUCCCAAGAGAAGCUGAAUAAGGUGGAAACUGAAUGGCGAGCGAUCACUGCACUGAAGCAGGAUGUAGCUGUGGCAGUACUAAGUCGAUGCCUAGGUAAAGAAGUUGCUCAGGCCAAAGUAGAAGCAACCUUAGCAACAGAGAAGCUUCUGCAGGACAAGCUGAACAAGCUCUGCCUCAAGCACAUCAAGCUGAGGAUUAAGAUUCACAGGCUGGAGACAGAGCUCUGUGAAGGGGAAGGACAUGCCAGGGACCCCCUACAGCUCCAGUUUGAGCGGCUCCAGACAGAGAGGCUGGAGCAGAAAAAACACACCGAAAAGCAAAAUGAGGAAUGUUUAAAGAUGCAGAAAAAGAUCAGCAGCAGCGAAGAGCUCCUGUCGAAUGUAAAAGAAAAGCUGUUCUGGAGCCAGAUGGAGAUCCAGGCAAAGCGAGAGCAGCUGGCCACAUUGGAGGCCAUGGUGGCCACAAAGAGGGACAUCUUGACCAGGAGCAGGCAGGCAUCCAGUGGCCUGCAGAGAGACAACCUGAGGCUGAAGGAGCAUCGUGGACUGCGAGGGAACAGGGUCCUGAUGCAGGACUUUGAGGACUCUGUGGAUGCCUCCGAUCACCGAGCGAAACAUCUGGAGGAUCUGAAGUGCCUGCAGGCUGAGAUUGUCUUCAGAUGUGGCAGAUGGAAGAAGAAGCUGGAGAUAAUUUAAUUACUGAAUGAACAAAUGAUUAAACUGAACAUUUUAAGGUGCGAUCAGGAUACACAGUAUCAACCUGGAAAAAAGCCAGAUUAAACAGAAGAGGACAUUAAUAAGCAUCAGCUUUAAUUGGUUGUUUUAUUUAAUUUAAUUUAAUUUUAUUUUAAUCUUAAUUUAAUCAACAGUCUCAUUGAGAUUAAGAUCUGUUUUUCAAGAGAAACCCAACAACAAGAAACAUUCACAAGAACACAAUCAGCAAACCAGGAACAACAAAUUAGAAAAAACUGUUACAAGAAUAAUUCAAAACAUCAAAUAAUAAAGCUUUAAAAUCUCCAAUGGGGGUCUAAGUUUGAGGGCAGUUUGAAGUUCAUUCCAUUUAAAAGUACCUGAUCUGACCUAGUACCUGAAACCAGUUCUGCCAACAUUAGUGCAUGUCCCGACAACAUGUCCUAACUGGAUGCAAUGUGAGCGAGUGGUUAAAGCGACUAAAUUAGUUUCGUUGCUUUGUUUCUUAUUGGACUGUCCUAAAUGCCUGCAACGUGACAUAACAUGACAUGAUGCGAUGUGGCACGCCGUUUUGAGCUGAACUUUUGAUGUACGACCCGUUUGCUGUUUUUAUUCUGUUUCGCUGAUUCAUGAGUUUUAAAUGAGGAAUUACCUACAUGACACCCCCUUAUUUCACUACAAAAACCUUAGUACACUCACAUGCAAAGGUUUGGCCACCCCUGGUCGAAAUUUAGUUUACUGUGAAUAGUUAAAGGAGCAAUAAGCGAAAUUCAUCAUUUCUAGAUUGAAGGAAAUAAAAAAUUGCUAUGUGAAGAACUAGAGGUGUAAUUUCAUCUGGAGUAUAGCAUGACCGCACACACCCUCUCUCUGUGUUCAUCUCCAGCCCAUUGUUUACAAGCUGGUCCGGCUGCACAUUCAUGUGAAUCCCCCCCCUCCUCUUGGAGCCCUUGGCCCUCCCUCCCUAUAAAAGGCUACAAUGAGCAAUGAGCAAUGGCAGCGCAUAUUUUCGAAAUGAAAUGGCAGAGAGCGGAACAUCCACCUGAAGACGACCAAGAUCUGACAUUACCUCGAAAGAAACAACGGUUGUUGGCGAAGAAGUUGUCGGAUGAAGAAAGGGACAGAACUCGGAUUAACAUUGGCCUUGCAUUUCCAAGGUGGAGAGCACUGCAAGAGCUAAAGGGGCUACAAUCUGACUCGGAGCAAGCUCUUUUUCUCCUGGACAGGUACAACAUAAAGUCAAAUGUCUGUUUUAAUUAGUGUUACAGUAACGUUAAGCACAUUUCACUAUGUCAAUUCAAUUAAAUUUAAUGUUACAAUCAUAGCAUAGGUUAAUGUCCGGAGCUUGAGUUAUUAGCGGUUCGAUCCCAGCAAUGGGUCAGGUGUUUCGGUUGUGUUAGAUGAGUAGCCCAGCAGCUCAGCUAACGUUUGCAAUUAGCAUUGUAAAAUGUAGCCCGGCGGGCAGCCUGGCGGCUGUGUUAAGCUAUUCUCCUGCCUACUUCAGUGAUGAUGGUCCCUGUAAUAAAUGCAAUAUACUUGCUGAAAUGGAGGCGAGGCUCAGUGACUAGAAGAGCUGGUAGAAGCGCUCCAUAGCUGCAAGCUACUCCAAUAGCCGUAGUAGCUCUAGUGCUAACUCUGGGAGCUAACUCUAACAGUCCUCUCUUCUCCGUGAGUCCGCCAGGCUCCACGCUAGAGCUCACCGGAGCCGAGAAGCAGGCUCCCGGAACGUUAGCAUGGCAGCCGACUGGUGCUAACGCUAACGUCCCCAUGCUUCUCAGCUCUGACUCACUGAGCCUGGCGGAGAAGCGUGGGGAUGUUAGCACUAAUGGGCUGCCAUGUUAAUGUUCCAAAUCUCUCUGUGAGACCGUGAGCCCGGCUCCCGGUUCAGUUGGAGUUGGAGCGUUAGCGUGGUAGCCGAGUAGUGCUAACGCUAACAGGAAAGCAGGGAAAUAGCUAAACACAGCAGAGGCCGAGAGUGAGUGAAAGACAUUGCUAACUGCUAAACUAAGCUGGCUGUUUAGGUUUUAUUUCCUCGCCCCUGUGGCGAGUGAAUCUGCCUGCAGUGAAAGUGAGGGCUAACCGGUGCUUCCUCUUCAUGCUCCACUUCACUCGGGUCCAUGUCACUGGUCCGACAACCCAUUGGUUCGACAUCCCAUUAGUCCGACUGUCCGCGGUGCUGAACGGCUCGCGGCAGGCGUAUGGUGUGCCGCGACCGGCUCUGGGUCAGCUGGGAAAGGCUUGAGGCGGAGUAGGCUCGCGGCUUAUGUGUUUGUCACUUUCUUUUUCAUUUUAACCCACACCAUGAU